UAGCAGAUCACCCCGAUGGAGUCCGGGACGAUAUAAAAUCCCCUCCAUAUUCCCCCACUCUCCUUCGAGCUAUCGGGAAAUCGCGGCAGUUUCUAGACAACCAAACACUCGACUUUCACCUUCACAACCUGAAAUCUUUACCUGCGCCGGAUUCCUUAACGGUACUCCAAUCCGUGAAAUGUCAACCUCAAGCCAGCACCAGUUUCGAUACACUCAAACCCCAUCUAAAGUCCUGCAUCUACGCAAUCUUCCAUGGGAGUGCGCCGAAGAGGAGCUCAAGGAGCUUUGUAAACCCUUCGGUAAGAUUGUCAACACCAAGUGCAAUGUCGGCGCCAAUCGGAACCAGGCUUUUGUUGAAUUUGCAGAUUUAAAUCAAGCCAUUUCAAUGGUUUCAUAUUAUGCCUCGUCUUCAGAGCCUGCGCAAGUUCGUGGUAAAACUGUUUAUAUUCAGUAUUCUAAUAGACACGAAAUUGUCAACAAUAAAAGUCCCGGAGAUGUUCCUGGAAAUGUCUUGCUGGUAACAAUUGAAGGUGUGGAAGCUGGAGACGUGAGCAUUGAUGUUAUCCACUUGGUGUUUUCUGCUUUUGGAUUUGUACACAAAAUUGCUACAUUUGAAAAGGCUGCAGGCUUUCAGGCUCUGAUUCAGUUCAGUGAUGCUGAUACUGCUGCUUCAGCUAGGAAUGCACUGGAUGGAAGAAGCAUACCCAGAUACUUGCUCCCUGAGCAUGUUGGUUCUUGUCACUUGCGUAUUUCAUACUCAGCACAUACUGAUCUUAAUAUCAAGUUCCAGUCUCAUCGCAGCAGGGACUACACGAAUCCUUACCUUCCUGUUAAUCCUACUGCUAUUGAGGGGGUGGUGCAGCCUGCUGUUGGUCCUGAUGGAAAGAAAAAGGAACCUGAGAGUAAUGUGCUUCUGGCAUCCAUUGAAAAUAUGCAGUAUGCUGUCACUGUAGAUGUUAUUCACACGGUCUUCUCUGCAUUUGGUACUGUGCAGAAAAUUGCUAUAUUCGAAAAGAAUGGCCAAACUCAGGCUCUAGUUCAGUACCCUGAUGUUACAACAGCAGCAACUGCCAGAGAAGCUUUAGAGGGGCAUUGCAUAUAUGAUGGUGGCUAUUGUAAGCUUCAUCUAUCAUACUCUCGUCAUACUGAUCUCAAUGUGAAGGCUUUCAGUGACAAAAGUAGAGACUAUACAAUCCCAGAUCCAAGUAUGCUUGCAGCACAAGCUCCUUCCACAGCUUGGCAGAAUUUCCAGGCUUCUCCUUUGUACUCUGGUAGUUCUCCUGCUGUGCAGGGUCAGGUCCCUGGAGGACAAGUUCCAUCAUGGGAUCCAGCCAUGCAGGCAGCUGCACCGAGUUAUGUGCCAGCACCAGGUACUUUUCCUGGUCAAACCUAUGGGGCCCCUCCAGUUCCUGCCUAUUCCCCUGCAGCAAUGCCUGCUGCUUCAUCACCUCUAGCACAGACGAGUCAUGUUUCUCAUAAUGCAAAUUCUCUGGGAAUCGCUCAGCCUGGGGUUCAACAGAAUGUAAAUUUACUGCCCAGUGGCGCUUCACCUCCAGGUCCUGGUUCCUCACCUCUUGUGCAAACCAGCCCAGCUGCUCAAGGAUUGGGUCAGCCAAGUAUGAGACCUGGUGGCGCUUCACCUCCUGGUCAACAACCUUACUAUGGUUGAUGAGUUGUCUUCAAGUAGUUGAAGUCACCUGGUUCAGGCAAAAAAUUGAAGUCACUUGCCUUGCAAUUGAUUUUCCUUUUAUUUUGUUGUUUACCUUUUAGUUGGAUCUCAAAGAACUCUGCCCUAAUUUUUUAAUGUAUUGCAGCAAGUAUCAUGGCUUUCCUUGUA